GCAGUUUAAUUAUUAAAAUAAAAGGUAGGCGGGAUAGCCACGCCCAUGGCAGCACGUGGCAUAGCAUACAGAAUGACAUUUUACAAGAAAGAUACAUUGAGGGAGAUAGAGAGAGUGUGUCAAGCUAAAUGGAAGAGAGAAUGUACUUUUGAAAUUGAUGCACCUAAACCAGAAGACAGAGGUCCUGAGUUUGAUCACAGUAACAGAUACUUUGUGACCUUUCCCUAUCCAUACAUGAAUGGACAGCUCCACCUUGGACACACCUUCACGAUAUCAAAGGCAGAGUUUUCUGUAGGGUACUAUCGUCUAAAAGGGAAGAGGUGUUUGUUCCCGUUUGCAUUCCAUUGUACUGGUAUGCCUAUUAAGGCCUGUGCUGAUAAAUUGAAAAUGGAGAGACAGGAUUUCGGUUUUCCUCCUAAAUUUCCUGAAGUGGUUGAGAAGGAGGAGCCAGAAGAGGUGGGGACCAGUGUUCAGGUUGAUCCGACGAAACGUGCCAAGAAGGUAAAGAGUAAAGUUGUGGCUAAGGGAGGAGGGGGUCCUAAUUACCAGUGGAACAUUAUGAGGAACUACGGAAUGAGUGAUGAUAUGAUAGCCAAGUUUGCUGAUGCUAGUCACUGGUUGGAGUAUUUCCCUCCUUUGGCUAAGGAAGACUUGGAGGCUCUUGGACUAAGAAUUGAUUGGCGGAGGUCAUUCAUCACUACUGAUGUCAAUCCUUAUUAUGAUUCAUUCGUGAGGUGGCAGUUUCUGACACUGAAGGAUAGAGGAAAAGUUAAAUUUGGAAAAAGACACACUAUCUAUUCAAUAAAGGACGGUCAGCCCUGUAUGGAUCAUGAUCGUAUCUCUGGUGAGGGGGUGGGGCCCCAAGAGUACACACUUAUUAAGAUGAAAGCUUUGGAACCAUUCCCUGACAAAAUAAAGUCUCUGAUUGGUCGCUCAGUGUUCCUGGUAGCCGCCACCUUACGUCCAGAGACAAUGUUCGGUCAGACCAACUGCUGGGUCCAUCCUGAUCUGGAUUAUGUGGCUUAUGAAUUGACUUCUGGGGAAAUAUUCAUUAGUACUCGGCGCUCGGCUCUUAAUAUGUCGUGUCAGGGGUUUACGAAGGAUUUUGGGAAAGUUGAGCCAGUACUGACACUAAAGGGAAAGGAUAUAUUAGGAUUGUCAUUGAAGGCUCCAUUGACCUCCUAUGAUGUCAUAUAUACACUGCCAAUGCUCACUAUAAAGGAAGACAAAGGUACUGGUGUAGUUACUUCAGUUCCAUCAGAUGCUCCUGAUGAUUAUGCUGCUUUGAGAGACCUCAAGAAGAAGAAAGCGUUUAGGGAGAAGUAUGGUAUUAAAGAUGAAAUGGUCCUUCCUUUUGAUCCUGUUCCAAUCAUCCACAUACCUGGUUUGGGUGACAUGGCUGCAGAGGUUGCUUGUGACCAGAUGAAGGUUCAGUCACAGAAUGAUCGAGUGCAGCUUGACAAAGCAAAGGAAAUGACUUACCUUAAAGGAUUCUAUGAAGGAGUAAUGACGGUUGGUUUGUGUAAAGGUGAGAAGGUUCAAGAUGCCAAGAAGAAGGUCCAGUCAUUGAUGGUUGAUAAUAAUGAAGCUGUCCUUUAUCAAGAGCCAGAGAAGACUAUCAUAUCUCGAUCAGGAGAUAAGUGUGUGGUAGCACUCUGUGACCAAUGGUAUUUGGAUUAUGGCGAUAAAGAGUGGAAAGCAGCUGCUAGGAAAGCAUUGGAAGGAUUGCGAGUUUAUUCUGAUGAAGCUCGUAACAAUUUUGAGUCCACACUUGACUGGCUUCAUGAACACGCCUGCUCCCGUUCCUACGGGCUGGGUACUAAGAUACCCUGGGACCCUCAAUACGUCAUUGAGUCUCUAUCAGACUCUACUAUAUACAUGGCUUAUUACACUGUGGCCCAUUUGCUGCAGGGGGGCGUGGUCGAUGGAUCUGAGAUCGGACCACUAGGAAUAAAGGCGGAGCAGUUAUCCAGGGAGGUCUGGGAUUACAUAUUCUUUGGAGGAGCACCACCAGCCACUGACAUACCAACUGAAUCAUUGAAUCUUUUAAGACGUGAGUUCUCCUACUGGUACCCACUGACUCUAAGAGUCUCUGGGAAGGACUUAAUCCCAAACCACUUGACGUAUUUCGUGUACAAUCAUGUUGCAAUCUGGCCCACUCCUGCUCGUACUGAGGGACAGACUCAGAGCCUCUCGUCAGGAGAGUACUGUCGCUGGCCCGAGGGUAUUAGAGGGAAUGGACAUCUCUUGUUGAAUUCUGAAAAGAUGAGCAAGUCCACUGGUAAUUUCUUGACAUUGAGACAAUCUAUUGAACGAUUCUCAGCUGAUGGUACAAGGCUAGCAUUAGCUGAUGCUGGUGAUGGCUUGGAAGAUGCUAACUUUGUCUUUACAAUGGCUGAUGCUGGACUGUUGAGACUGUACACUCAACUGGAGUGGGUCAAAGAAGUUUUGGCUGCUAAAGACGAGAUGAGAAAUGAUGGCAGGAGCAGCUGGAGCUAUCAAGAUAGAGUGUUUCAUAACGAGAUUAACAAAGCGAUAAAACUAACGGACGAUCAUUACGAGAGGGCAACCUUUAGGGAGGGAAUCAAGACUGGAUUCUAUGACCUACAAGCUGCUAGGGAUCGUUAUCGGGAUUUAUGUUCAACGGAGAAUGGCAUGAACUGGCAGCUGGUCCUGAGGUUCAUUGAAGUUCAGUGCCUCCUCCUGUCCCCAAUAUGUCCUCACAUUACUGAACAUAUCUGGGGACUCCUAGGGAAAGAACAAAGUAUAAUGGCUGCCAAAUGGCCUGAGACUGAGCCAGUUGAUGAGUUGAUAUUGAAAGAGAGUCAGUAUCUGUCAGACGUCACUCACGACUUUCGUGUCCGAAUGAAAAAAAUGAUGGAAUUAAGAGAAAAGAAAGGUCUUGGACUGACAAGGCCUGAGUUUGGUGUUAUUUAUGUAGCUGAUGAGUAUCCUCCCUGGCAGGCGUCCAUACUCUCAGCACUGCAAAGUUUAUAUGAUAAAGAUACUAAUGAAUUGCCUGAUAAUAACACUGUGCUACAGAAAUUGAAAGUGAAGGAGGAGCUGAAGCCAUUCAUGAAGAAAGUGAUGCCUUUUGUACAGUCCAUUAAAUCUAAUUUAGCUCUUAAAGGUAAAGAAGCUCUUGAUCUCAAGACUCCAUUCAAUGAGAGACAGGCUCUUGAGAGAAGUCUCAAUUAUCUCACACGCUCACUUGAGUUGAGUGAGUUGUGGGUGGAGAAUGUCACUCUUGCUAAGGAAGCAAAAGUUAAGGAAGACUGUAUACCAGGACGACCAAUAUCAGUGUUUUCUGCUGAUCCUUAUAAACCUCUUAUUAUGGUAACUGCUGUUAAUCCUCAACACUGUGUUCCAUUCUUUUCAAUGGCUGUACCAAUAUAUGAUGGUGACACUGUGCCCAGGAUUAUUGAUAGAAUAAGACGUUUGGCUCAAGUCUCUGGUAAUGCUGAAGUAUCGCUAUGGCGGUACCUUGUUGAUUCUCGCUCCAUUCCAGUUAUGGGAGAGGAAGACAAUGGAGUAGAAACCAUACCUACCACUGCCUCCUUCUCCAUUAAUAAUGGAGACUUGUCAUUCACUGUUAAUGGAGGAGCUAAAGUGAUACAGUUAGGAACUCACGUCCAAUAUAGAGUGAUUGAACUAAAUUAGGUUUGAGAUACUUAGGAAUUGUUUGAUAAUAAACUUGCAAUACUUUGAGUUGGUGUGGUUUGUAAUAUUGGCUUUUGCAAUUUUUUGCCUUUAAUAAUGUAUAACGCUUUAA